UUACACCAUAAUCGAUUCGAAGUUCGGCCUCCAACCAGCUCAUCAAAGUCUAACCUAAACUUGAACCUAACAUUAAGUUGAGAGUUAUUAUGAAUAUGAAUUGAUUUCAUUAACUUAGUUUACGCGAUCAGUAUGAAAGUACCACCAUCAAAUUUGCUAGACUAUUUUAUGAAACAUGGGAGAUAAAGAGCACCAUGUACAUUUUAGUGGUGGAAGUGGACUUGGAAAGGAUAACAAUAUUAUGAUACAACCUCAGAGACAUGGCCACAUUGAUGCUCACUUAGGAUUCUUACAAUUAUAUCAUAGAUAUCAUAUAGAAUUCUCAAUACCAUGGAACACAUGUACUCAUGCGGAAAAAGAAAAAAAAGAGGAGGUGGAAGUUCCGCCUCCGGCAAUAAUUGCAGAAAAUCACAAUCCAAACUGUCACAUUGUCGAUCUUGCACAAGAAAAAGACGGUUUAAGAUUGAAGAUAGAAUUGCUGGCAUAUAAAGAAAAAAUAUUAAAGGAGGAAGUCCAAAUAAUGUGUUGUUCAUCAGGUACACCAUUGAAAAUUGUAUUAAACGCACGUGUUUUGGCGAAGGAUAAGGGCACACCAUUGUUAAGAAAUGGCAUACGCAGUAUUGCUAUAGAAGGAGUAGACGAAGACGAGAUUUCUGAAUAAAUCUGCUUGCUGUUGAGUUCUCGAUGAUAGAAGCGUCGAGCUUUGUCGAGUACCAAAAGUUCGAACAAAUGAAUAAUCGGUGAAAUUACAUAACAUUCUAAAACAGAAUGGAUAAUACAAUCGUGAAAGAUUAAUGAAAUGUUUCGCAAGAUAAGAUGCCUACUGAAGAUUUGCCUACUGUUACUAUUUUAAGCAUAUAUCACGAGCGAAAUGCUUGCAAAAGCUAUGACACCACUUAUUAUCUGCUAAUUAUAUACCCACAGAUUAU